AUGCGAGCAAACUACAAAUCUGUUAUUGAAGAUAGUGACCAGCGCCGGAAACGCGGUCGCAAUGAGACGUCUAAACUGCUCGAAGUCGUCGAGCCAAGAACGUCGUCGCGGUCACCGGCAGCAGUACAGGUCCUGCCGGUGGGCCGUCGACGACCUGCACAGCCGAUUUGGCCUGGGCUAGCGCAGCGAUCGAUAUGUGGGUGGGGCCAAGCGACAGCGCGCCCCCACUGUGGCCGGGCUAGCAGCGAACCACCGUGCUCUCUCUCUAGGCCUCCUGUACCAUCUUUCCAUCGUACCCACCACGACGAAUCGCUUCAGUCCUGUUCGCGUUCAUCUGAUCUUCUCCGGAGACGCCGUGUCGUCGUGUCGCUUUCGUGGCUCACUCGCCGGCUCGCUUUGGCAGCCGUCGCCGCCGUCGUCGCGGCCGUCGUCGUCGUCGUUGUCGUCGUGACCGGCGUCGUCCGUUCGGACUGUGGCUAUUCAUACACUUAUAAACACGAGCUGGCCAUCAGACACACAUAUAGACACACAUCGCAAGCGCCCGAUUAUUCGAACAGAAAAACGGCUCCCGCGCUUUCUUCUCUCUCGCUUUUCUCACGCUUCAUCGCCAUUGCAAUAUUCGUCGCUUCCUUGACUCACUAA